UUGGAAUGUCGACCAAUUGACAUUUCGUUUUGUUACAGUUGUGCAACGUAGACUGCCAUUUUGCGUCGUGUACAAAGUACGGAGACUGUGGAAUUUAUUCCUGCAGGUCUUCUAUAUAGAUUUGAAAGAUGUUUUUGUGGGACUGGUUUGCCGGCAUUUUAAAUUAUCUAGGAUUGUAUAAAAAGUCUGGUAAGCUUGUGUUCCUUGGUCUAGACAAUGCUGGAAAGACAACACUGCUUCACAUGUUAAAAGAUGACAGGAUGGCACAGCAUGUCCCCACACUCCACCCAACUUCAGAAGAAUUAUCAAUGGGAGGAAUGAGGUUCACAACCUUUGACCUUGGAGGUCAUCAACAAGCCAGAAGAGUGUGGAAGGAGUAUUUUCCAGCAGUUGAUGGUAUUGUGUUCUUAGUAGAUGUAUGCGACAGACAGAGAUUUGCUGAGGCAAAAGCAGAAUUAGAUAGUUUACUGACAGAUGAACAAGUGGCCAGUGCCCCUGUUCUUGUUCUAGGUAACAAAAUCGACAAGGCUGGUGCUGCAAGUGAAGACGAGAUUCGUCACUGGUUAGGGUUACACGGACAAACCACAGGAAAGGGAACUGUGUCCAGAAAUGAGCUUCCUGGCCGUCCAAUGGAGUUAUUUAUGUGUAGUGUUCUGAAAAGACAAGGGUAUGGGGAAGGCUUCCGCUGGCUAGCUCAGUACAUUAACUAAAUCACAUAGCACACAGCAGAGAGAAAUGGUGAACACGGCAAGUCCAUCAAACUUUCCACAGAGAGAGAGACAUCAAAUUUCUUAUAUAUAAAGUUAUUGAGAUUGACAACUGGAAAAAAAAAAGCCAGCUCCUACCAUCAGGGAGAAGGCAGCUCUUUGUGAUAAUCCUGUCAGCAAUUUUUAAUGCAUAGUUCGUCUUUUUUUUUAAACGUUUGCAAGACGACAUCGUUUUUUCCAUCUGAAAUGUUGUUAUGAAUUGCUUUUUCAUUCAAUUCCAUUGAUUUUGAAGGAAAGAAUUGUGCAAGGUAAAAAAUUACCUUAAAAAUGGGUGUAUAUUAUAAAAAAGAAACUGAGAAACAUUAUGUGCAUUAGAGAGCUUCAGCAAUUUAUUUUUCCCCUAAUGUAUUUGUUACCAGUUGUUACUUAUAACACGCUUGACACCAUGAGAAGUGUUCAUCAUUUUUUCACCAAAUAAAAUUUAUCAAAGCAGACACAAGUACUAAUAAAACAAUUUUCCUAGUGUAUAUUUUAUCAGUUAUUUGGCAUAUGUUUCUGUCUAUCUGUAAAAGAUGGUAGGAAAAAACUACUGUAUCUGCUUCGUUUUGUAAUCAGUCAACAUUCAGACAAUGACAUCCUACUAUGUUUAAUAUUUAUAAAUGUCCUGCUACUCUAGGAAAGCCUGGGUGUAUAUGUUAUCAGUUUGUUGUGUUAGGAAUCAAUUUAUUUUUGAGGAUGUUUGUUGUAAAGAACUGUAAGAGUCUGUUUUGUAAUGUUCAGCAACCCUAAAAUUUUGUUUUCAGGACUGUGUUUUGACAGGCCGUUUUACAGUUAUCUGCAGUUCUGUUGAAGAUGCAUGAAUGUUUCUGUUUGUAAACUUGAAUGUUUAGGAUGAAUGAGAAUAAAAUGUCAAUAUUUAUACAUAA